GAUGGACCCUUGGGCUGCAGCCCAGGCUCUUCGCCGUACGUGAAGAGCCUGGUGACGCGAGGCUACGUUUUGUUAACCCAUUUUUGGUGACGCUUUUAUACUGAAAUGUACGACCCGGAAGUUCUGUUGUUUUUCUGACGAAGUGAAAAUACAGGAAAACACAAGCCGGGGACUUCUGUGAACUCAAGGUAAACACACAGAGCAUGGAGCUCCUUGCCAAUCUAGAGAUCUACAUCCCAGUGGAAGCUGAGGUGAAAAGCAUCCCUAUACGGAGCUUACCAAAGUCAGUGCUUAGACGAAUUGGCCUCCCUCUGUCUGACUCUGAGGGCUCCAGAAAGCUCACAGACUCUGCAGAAGGCAUAUGGAUUUGUCCAGUAAUCAUGCGGAUGAAAGGCCAGAAAUGUGCCACCAACACAGGGAACAGUGUGGUGGAGAACAUGUCCUCACUGCUGGGCAAAGAAUUUAGGGCUCAGCCGGGUCCCUUCCAAAUGUCCUUUGUCUCCGCCAAUCCCACAGCUUACAAGGUACUGAAGGACAACAUACCUGGAAAAAAUGUCUCCACACACACAUCUCAUCUCACCUCCCCAUUACCUCAUGGCACAGCAUCGCAGACAUAUGAAGAUGCUGUUGUCAUUUACCACGGAAACGUUUACCUGUCUGCCAGGAGGCCCAGUCAAAGACGGAGUCAACGAGAGACUCGUGAUCCACAGCCAGCGUCUCUGUCUUCCAUUCCUUCAGCAUCAGACUUGUCAUCUAAAAGCCAGAAGAAGCACGGCUUUUCGGAGGCUUCUAUUGAACCUGCAGACACAAAGCCAAAAAGGAAGAAACUACGUGUCAUUUUGCCCCAAACCUCCUCAAAACAGUUAAAGGAUUGUCUCAUAAAAAAAGAUCAUCUCUCCACCACAGACCGGGAGCUGCUUAAUGACCACAGGCCCAAAGAGAAACACACAACAUGUAAAGUAACCCACAGUGACAAGGAGAAGGAUGUGACACACAGAGCGAGUGAUGUAUCCUCAUCCAAAACUGCACAUAGUGUCCUUCAGUCCACUGACAGUCUACACAAAGUGGACAGUCAUAAAGAUGCUGAUGGAGAGCAGUCUGCAGAGAAAGCAGCAGGCACAGGGCCAGCGUGGCUUCAGCCUCAGGGGGAGCAGGAGGAGGUGUUCAACAAUGACAGUGGUGAACGUGAGCUACAGGACCUGGGCAAUAAGGAAGCUGACUAUAUUCAAAUUGGCAGUGGUGAAUCUGAUAGCAUAGUUGGUAUUGUAGAGCAAAGAAGCAACCAGAGCUGGACCAGGAGAGAGUCUCAGGGUGCAGCUCGUGCCUUUACGUCACUACCGGAGUGUGACUUCAAGGGGCUGGCAGAGGAGGAGGCGAUUGAUCGAAUGAAGGCCAAACUCAGAAAGCAAGAAGCUACUCUCAACAGCCUGCCCUCUUCAUAAUGACAGCUCAGUCAGAGUGAGAAGCAGUAAUGAUGUUUUAGUUUUCCAGAAUAUGAUUAGGAACUUAAGGAGACUCUGCUGUGUAGGAUUUAGGAGGAAUGGCAGAAAUGGAACAUAAUGUUCCUGACUAUAUGUAUAAUCACUUGUUUUGAAUUAUUUACAGUAGCCCAGAAUGGACAAACCAAACACAGGCUAUAGAUAGGGCCAUUUGCAUAUUCGUGUCAGCCACCAUGGUUCUACAUCAGUGAUACUGAACUUACAGCCGACAGGCCAGAUUUAGCCCACAAUAGGGUGCCUUGUCACCCCCCAACCACAUUUCAGUUCACAGUGAAAUUAAAGUGAUUCACACUGGGAGUUUUAUUUGUACUUUUAACAUACAUUAAGUUGUUUUUACACAGCUGCUUGUCAACUGCCCUGACAACCGUCUAUGUUCAAAACCUCUUUUCCUCUGCUGCCUUCCCCUCACUGAAAUGACUGGAGGCAGUGAGUUACUGCGGUGUGAACACAAUGCAAGGUGCCAGGGUACAUAGUAAAGGAUGAUAAUAGAGCUUGUUUAUCAAAAAAAAAGCUAGGGGAGGAUCCCCUGGUCCUUAACAGAAGUCCUAGCUAAGCUUUGAAUGUCCUCAAAUCCUAGGAACACCCCUGCAUACAUGCAUAACUGCAUAAAAACAGGAUACUAGUGUGCAUGGAAACUGACUUGGUGACAGGAUGAUUGAAAGCUAGAAAUUGCAUUUCCUUACAGUCCCCGUGAAACGGAAGUUAGAGCUUCUUUAGUUUCUGUACUGUGAUAUAUUUUCCAGUGAAACAGAAUACUUGAGCGGUGAACAGUAACACAAGGGAUUCACAUCCAAUCCUUUGCAUUUGAAUGGACAACUAAAAAAUGGGCGGGCUUAGCAUCCAGAGCUACGGUGGAGUCCGCUGCUGUGGGGACUGUUGGCUCCACAAACACUUUUGUCGUUGUUGGAUCAGCAGGACGAGGGAGAGAUGCAUGAAUUAGAUCUGAGCAACAUUGUAUUGAUAAUAAAAACAAAAGUUUUGUUCUUCAGCUUUAUUUGAUUAUCGUUUUACCUGGUUUUACACAAAAAGAAAAGACAGGGUUUUUUUUUUCUUUAUGAUUAAAACUUGUAAAAUAUUUUCAUUUUAUUUUUGAGGACUUCCAUAUUUGGCCUGAAUGAUGGAUACUGUUGUUUUCUGACUCGUAACCUUUCCUCUAGGGUUGCAUGAGGCCAAGCUUUACAUGUGACCUAAAUGGUGCAUUCCAAUAGCACUGGGAAGUCAGAAUUUCCCAGUUCCCAAUUGGAAAUUUCAAUUGGAACGACCCUUUAAGUUAAAUUUCUGGAAAGCUAGAGGAACUUCACCAACUCCGACCUCAAAAUCCAAGGCUGAUCUGUGCAACAGCAGUAGUGAAAGCUGUUGUAAUAUGCUGUUUAUUAGCACUUCUGUCCUAUUUGUGUCUCAUUGGAACAGUCAUACACAUGGUCCCGUCCAAUUCCACAGACAUGAACAAUUCCUGUUUGUGGAAUUGUUGCUACAAUGUUUGUAUGAGCAAAAGACAGAGUAAUGUGUUGUUAUGGACAGGUACUGCUUUUGUCAUUCCCAGCUCCAAAUUAUGACUUACUAGGUAAAUGGAAGGCAGCAAAACUGCUGUUGAGACUGCACUCAGCUCUCUCAAGAGACAUGGUCAUGUCGUAGUGGUGAUUUUUAUCUAACUUUCUUGAGAAAUGCUUGUCAUAAUGGGAACAUUAUAUGUAGAUAAAUGUCAGUUUUCCUCAAUUUGUCAUUUUUGCUGCUUUGCCCUGGGACUUUUGUUUCUCUCAGUUCCAUUUAUUAAGUGCAACACACACCGCCGCCAUACGCCGCGCGUUCAAAACGCCCGCCUCCAUUAUAUUCUAUGAAGCAACCCACACUGGCGCCGGCCGCUCUGCUUCAGCCCACUGCUCUAUUUCCAGCGCGGCCGGCGCUCAUGGCGGCGCUGCGAGAAAAGCCUUUUAUGUACGUUUCGGCCGCCGUAAUAUCAACUCCGGUUUUUCCUCUUCUUCCGUUACUAGCAGUUGGCAACCGUUGGCAACUAGUGUAGGUACAGCCACCUAGAGGGCUGGGGUGGGAAAUACACGUCAACGGUACCGCUGCCAGUGUGUGUUGGGGAGCGGCACUUGACGGCCGGUGUGUGUUGCACUUUAUAGUUAUGUACACAAAUCUUAUACCUUGCUGACUUUUUAAGAGCCUGAAAACAGGUGCUCACCUGUUGUUUUGGUGACUCAGGAGACUUUUUGCAUCCAUCCAAACUUGUCCCUGAAUUGAUUAAAUUCAGCAAGUUAUGUGCUUGUGCCUCUGGUGAAAUAUCAUUUAUUUUUAAAGAUAUAUAAUGUUGAACAUAGACAGUCACUUUUGGCCAAGUUUUUGGUAUUGUUUUUAUUUUUAUUUUUUUCAAACAAAAUCUCAUAGAAUAUAUUUCUGUUGCUGCAAAUAUUUAUGUCUGCAAUAAAAAAAAUGUGUGUA